UAGUGUGUAAUUCCACAUUCGAUCGUCAACAUUGAAAGUCUUUGAGUGACGCUGCUGCUUGUCUGUCAAAAAAAUUUUCAUUAAAAGUGCGGAAAGAAAAAAGAAAACGCGUGAAAGUGAAGAAGUGUGUAAUAUAGUAAAGUCCUGUUUGCCGAAAAGUUUAAUACCAACAAGAAAAUCAAGCAGAAAACACUCCAACCAUUAUCAUAUCUUCUUCUUAUAACCAAAAUAAAGCAAUUAGCGCAGAUAAAUUAUAAGCAAUCACAAAAAUAUAACAACAACAAGCGCGAUAAAAUAACAACACAAAUAAAUAAACAUGUCACAGAAAACAACAACAACUCAAAAUGCAGUCGAUGAGAUUGAUAAGAUACGUCUUAAUCUAGCCGAUGAUUGGAAAGUGCUGCGCUCCGUCUAUGAUUUGUUGCAUAAUGAGAAAGCAUUUUGUGUGUCCGAUGCCGAACGCGAUGCGGUAAAAAUUGUCGACUUUAAGCAGCCGAAUGAAAUGAAGCAAUUGAUUGACCUCAGCAUUGAUGAGAAUAAAACACAUACCAUCGAAGAGAUACAGGACUUAUGUCGGCUGGUGAUUAAGUAUUCAGUAAAAACCAAUCAUGGCCGGUUUCAUAAUCAGCUGUUCGGUCAAAUGGAUCCGUAUGGCUUGAUGGGACAAUGGAUCACCGAUGCGCUCAACGCCAGUGCUUACACAUAUGAAGUGGGUCCCGUCUUCACGCUGAUGGAAACGGAAAUCAUACGUACCGUUUGCCAAUUGGCUGGUUAUGCUGAAGGUGAUGGCAUCUUCGCACCUGGUGGCUCCAUAUCUAAUAUGUAUGGCCUCGUUUUAGCUCGCUACAGACGUCAUCCUCAAGUGAAGACUGCCGGCAUGUUUGGCAUGCGUCCACUUGUACUCUUCACGUCUGAAGAGUCCCAUUAUAGCUUUGUUAAAGCCGCUCAUUGGCUGGGUCUAGGCGCCGACAAUUGUGUGGUUGUCAAAACAAAUGAACGCGGUCAAAUGUUAACAGACGAUUUGGAGGUAAAAAUAUUGAGAGCACAAGAUUCGGGUUGUGAGCCGUUCUUUGUGAAUGCCACUGCUGGCACCACCGUCUUGGGCGCGUUCGAUGAACUCAAUCCGAUAGCUGAUGUCUGUGAGAAAUAUGGAUUGUGGUUGCAUGUGGAUGCAUGUCUUGGCGGUUCUGCGCUGCUCUCUUAUCAAAAUCGUCACCUGUUAGCCGGUCUCGAACGCACCAAUUCCUUCGCUUGGAAUCCUCAUAAAUCACUUGGCGCUCCACUGCAAUGCUCACUCUUUUUGACGCGCGAACGUGAGCUACUCACGCGUUGUAAUAGUAUUCAGGUGAACUAUCUCUUUCAACAGGACAAGUUUUAUGAUGUCUCAUAUGAUACCGGCAAUAAGAGCAUACAAUGUGGACGUAAAAUUGAUGCUUUCAAAUUCUGGCUAAUGUUGAAGGCACGUGGUUAUGGCAGUUUUGGUCGCUUGUUGGAUCAUGCCAUUGAUAUGUCAAAGGCGCUAGUUGAGAAAAUCAAGCAACGUGGUAGUGAUCGUUUUCGCUUGGUUCUCGAUGAUUACCAAUAUAUGAAUGUUUGUUUUUGGUAUAUACCAAGGGCGUUGAGAGGACUCGAAGAAACGGCAGCGUGGCACGAACGUUUGUAUACGGUUGCUCCCAAGAUUAAAGAGAGCAUGGCCUAUAGCGGUACUGUGAUGAUCGGUUACACGCCUUUACAAUAUCGUGGUUUGGGUAACUUUUUCCGCAUGGUAUUAACUUGUUUCCCAGUGUUAGAGGAAGCGGAACUAGAUUUCAUUUUGAAUGAAAUCGAACGUUUGGGUGAAGAGUGCGAGUAUUAAUCGGAAUUAUCCUGACAAGUAUAUUUAACACUAUUUCUUAAGUUUAGUUUAAGUGUGUUUUAAAUACUUUUUAUAAAUUUAUAUAAAAUUUUAUACAAAACAAAAUAAAAAAUAUAUAAAUAUUAUAUAACAUAUAAAUAA